AUGUGCCCACCGCCCAGCUUCCUAGCCACUGACGCUUUUUACUCAGGAGUUCACCACGUUUUAACUGCCAUCGAAGUUCCGCUGCACAUAUUCGGAGCCUAUGUUAUAGUUACACGUACCCCGAGCAAAAUGAGCAGUGUCAAAGCAAGUUUGCUGCUUUUACACUUGGUUGGAGCAUAUGUCGACGUAUACUUGAGCUUUGUUACGACUCCGGUGUUAACUCUGCCGGGGUGCUUGGGUUAUUUUUUGGGAGUCACGCUAUGGUUGGGGUUGCCCAGUGAUGUGAUGUCAUAUUGGGAUAUUUCACUGGUUGGAGUCCUCGCCGUCACCAUCCUAAUCUUCUUCGAGGACCGCUACUUCCGGCUCACCAAAGGCCCGACGGCGGGCUCGCGGAGUUGGAAACGUGUAUUCUACGUUGUCUUACACUAUUUUCUAUCAGUCACGUUUAUUGCUCCAGCGUACUAUAACAAGAUGGACCAGCAAUUGGGGAGGCAGCUUAUAAAGCAGCUAAUCCCUUGCAUCCCCGCCGAAGUGCCUGCUCGGCCGGAUUUCAUAAUUUUAGACACUGACAAAACUCUAACAUGCUGGUGCGUCGGCCUUAUGUUUGUGUUCUUAUUCCCACAAGUUAUAUUCUUCGUAUUUCAAAUUUCCUGGUACCUCUACCACACCGUAUCCCAGUCCCAAGCCACAAAUCGCCUCCAGAAGCAAUUUUUCGUGGCCCUAUGCAUUCAGGUAUUCAUACCAUUUGCUCUGUUGUGCUUCCCAGUGAUUUAUAUUAUUUUUGCAAUUUAUUCGGGCUAUUAUAAUCAAGCUGCAACAAAUGUCGCACAAAUUGCGGUAUCAUGCCAUGGCAUCCUCUCAACAUUGACUAUGCUCAUUGUGCAUAAACCUUAUCGGCAGGAAACUUUGGAGUUUGUCAAUAUUGAGAUGAAGCAGAACACAGUGAGAAGCAUUACGGGGAUUGAUGCGAAGAUUUAA